AUAGCCCAAAGUACUCCGCACAAAAAAGGAUCUCCGCACAAAAAAAAAGUUUUGAAAUGGCUGAAAAAGUGGCGACGAGCGCUAGCACCCCUACACACCUCUAUAAAGCACGGAGGACCGCAGCGCAGCCCACCCGGUAGUACUAGUACCAGUCCGUCCACUGCAACCAACCGAACGCCUUGACCCCUGCGCCAGGAACCCACAGCCUUUCUCUUCCCUCCCCGCCGCCGCCGCCCCCAGCGCCAUGAAGCGCCUCUUCAGACGGCUCUCCCGCGUCGCCGCGGCCGACUCCUCCUCCGCCGCUGCCGCCACGGCGUACCGGCAGCUCCGCUCCGCCCCUAAGCAGCCCUCGGCGGCCGGCGGCGGCAAGGUGCCGCAGGGGCACGUGCCGGUGUGCGUCGGCGAGGAGGGCGGGCCCGUGGAGCGUUUCGCGGUGCGCGCGGACCUGCUGGGACGUCCGGCCUUCGCGGCGCUGCUCCUCCGCGCCGCCCAGGAGUACGGGUACGGCCACCCCGGCGCGCUCCGCAUCCCCUGCCCCGUCGCCGACUUCCGCCGCCUCCUCGUCCGCCUCUCCGACGACCCCUACGCCGCCGACUGCUAGGCGCCUUCCUCGGCCCGCCGCUGGAGAACUCUGCCCCUUCAUUCGCCCCCCACCACUUCUGACGGAUUUACCCCCGGGGGCACCGGGCAGACCUGCAAUGUACAUACGGCGGCAGGCCCAAGGAGAGUCGCCGGAGCCAGGGUUAGGAUAGGGAUCUCCUAGCUUCGUAGUAACUUUUUUUUACUUACUGCUGAGCAUGAGCUGAAUGGGAAGAACUUGCGGGUGUUCCUUUUUCACCCCCUCUAGUUCUAGGGAUUUCAGCGUGUGUGUGCGUGCGUGCGUGUGUCUGAGGCAGAGAGAGAGGUAGCAGUAUGCGUUCGUGCUAGGGAUUUUGAGGUAUUCGGUGUUGUUAACCAUAUCAGAUCCUGAGGCUUUCAUGCCAUAUUUUUACUGAGCUAGUAAUAUCUUUUAGCACUACA